AUGAGCCGGUCCGGAGCACUCUCCAUGACACGUGACAACAUUCCAUUCUCACAUGGUCAAGGUCUUUACACAGAUCCAAUCCCAUUCAAAUCCUCCAACGACACUUCUUCUUCUGUUUACUCUUUCAAAACAUCUUUCACUUUCUCCAUCACUCCUAAACGGUCAAACCCUAACCCCGGUCAUGGACUCGCCUUCGUCGUGGUCCCAACCACCAAAUACGACCAAGACUCGACUUGUGGCUUCCUCGAUAAACGUUUUGGCGAUAUUAAUGAUAACCAUGUUGGUAUUGAUAUCAACUCUGUUAAUUCGACGGUUUCUGAGAAAGCUGGUUACUGGAUUCAAACGAGAACCGGGGGAAAGAAUCAAUGGUUGUUUAAGGAAGUGAAGCUUAGUAGUGGGGAUAUCUACAAGGCUUGGAUCGAGUAUAAGGACAGUAAGGUCACUGUGACGCUCGCACCUGCGGAUUUGAAGAAACCGAAGAGGCCAUUGAUCGAGACACAAGUUGAUCUCUCCGAGGUGGUUCUUGAGAUCUUCAGCCAUUUUGUUAUUGUUCUUACUUCCGUUUGUUAUAUCUUUUUUGGUCAUUUAUUGUGUAAAUGCUUAGAUUCCUAA